AACAGUCACAUUUAGUUGGCGGCCAAGCUACGAAUUUGUCGGUCACUCGGAAUCGAAACGCAAUAAAUAUACAAAAUACAAAAAAUUAAUUGUGUAUUUCGAAAAGUGAUGUGAAAUAAAACUGAAAUAAACAAACAACAAUUAUAAAGCAAACUUAAAGGAGAAAAAUAUAUUUAAUUGAAUUCAACGACUCGCACUCAUCAUUUAAAUUUUGAUUACAUAGCAUAAUAUGUAUUAUCAGCAAUACAACAAAAGCACACAUUUACUUACAUCCUUACCUACAUACAACAUGUGUACAUAUAUAGUUACAUAUGUAUGUAUAUCAAACGGGCAAAUGUUUUAAUUCGUGGAAAAAUUCUAAAUUUGUAAAUAAAGUGAACAAAUCUAAAAAUAAUCUCUAAACAUUCGACAUGUGUUGAUAUGUAUAUAACCUCUAAAAAAUGUGUCUCAAUAGUGUUUGCAUUUAAUUAAAAACUAGUUGAAGUGCUAAUGGCGGCAUUACCAUGUUUUACAGAUAUUGCGCGCGAAGCCGGAAAUGAUGAACAUUUACAUAUAACAUCGGGAACAAUUUCUCUUGAAUACAAGCCAAUGCAACCAAACGCAACAGACAUAGAUCAACAGAUAUUGGAGCUAAAAAAGAAGCAGGAAUUACAAAAGCAAAUGCUUCUCCAUACAUUUCAUGAACAGACAAAAGAGCUGGAAUUGCGACACAAAAUGCAACUGGAACAAAAAUACCAGUUUGCGGUGCAUUCACAUGGCGCUUUCCAGGAACUACGAGAACAAAGACUUUCCACUGCCGCAGAAGAGCAGCAACAAAGAGAACGGCGCGAGCGUGACGUAAUCAAGCGGAAGGAAAACUGCAGUGCCAAUGCCAGUCCCGAAGUCAAGCAAAUUUUAAACAACUUUCUAAUUAACCGCAAACAAGCGGCCUCCUCCAAUGGCAUAACAACCACGUCACCUUACAGAAAUAGAGGUGUUGUGAAAAGCUCAUCCGGUGAAUCGUUACCAGCUGGUUCUCUAACAAGUUCCCAUCCAUAUAAAAUACCGCAACCACCAUCUUCAUUUUUGAAAUAUGAAUCCGACUUUCCACUACGCAAAACAGCAUCCGAACCAAAUUUGCUGAAGCUACGUCUAAAGCAAAGCGUUAUUGAGCGCAAGCAGAGGAUCAGUGGUCCAGCUGGGUUACGUCGGCAUGAGCGCAUAUUGCAGCGAAGGCAGCAGAAGCAAAAUUCCGCUUUAACAAAUUGCAGCAGCACACCAGAUUCUGGACCAAACUCACCACCUUCGUCCACACUCUCUUCUGGCGUUGUGGGUAGUCGCGGCUCACCUACUAGUGCACCCAUUCAAGAAGAAAACGAGGAAAGUAGUCAAUAUCAGCCCGGCCAGCGCAGUAGUAUAAAUGAUCUCUCGCUGUUUAGCUCACCCUCGAUGCCAAAUAUUCCGCUUGGCGGACCUCAUUUGGCAAGCCAUGCACAUGCUCAAGCCAACAACUAUGCUGUGCUGGCCGCUAUGCGACAACAUGUACCUACUCUAGCCGCUCCUACAUACUACAGUCCACUGGCGAUGCCAUUCGCUCGUCACCAACCGCCACCGCCACCGCCACCAUCUUCAUCGCAUACUACUGUGAUAGCGGCUGCCCUGCCACCCGCCCCUUCGCCAGUAGUGCGUUCUGCAUCGGCUACGUCCACCUCAUCGUCACAAGCUUCUUUGGCCAGUGAUGUUAUACCACCUAUUGCGCAUGCCGCUUCAACACUCCUAACUGCAGGUGGCGCUAGCGCACACAGUCACGCUGUCCUAGGCUCUAGUAGUCUACAUCCAGGCGCACCAAUGGUCGGUGUUUCACCGUCGAUGUAUGGCCAGCCCAUUACUGAUGCCCAAGUGGCACACGCCCACCUAAAUAAGCAAGGACAUCGACCAUUGGGACGUACUCAAUCGGCUCCUCUACCGCUGGGUCACCCGAUGCUCACCGGAACUGGACAGAUCGGCGUGGGGCAAACGCACUAUGAGAACAGUGAUGCUGAACAACAGGCACACAUGUUGGUUACGCAGAAAAUACGCCAAACAUUGAUCAAUCGUAGUAGCGCUAAUAGAGAACCACAACUAAAAGAGGAAGAAGAUGCGGCCGAAGUUAUUGAUCUGACGGAUAAAAAGAAGCCACCAAAAACCGUCAUUACAAGUAUUGUACCCACGUGUACCUCACAAAAUCUGCCAGAAACGACAAAUGUUCCGUUGGGCGCAUGCUUGCCCAACACGCCGAGUAAGUUGCGCGAUCAGGAGUAUCUGCAACAACAACGGGAACUGCUGUACAGACAGGCAUUACAAAUGGAUGAUUCAGUUGCACGUAGUUUAAUGCGUCCUUUAUCACGCACUCUAUCUAGCCCUUUGGUUCAUAUGGGCCCAAAUGGCAUUAGUCAACUUCCAGAUACUGGUCAAUAUGGCCCACCUAUUAUUACUUCUUCAUCAGCUGACCAUAUUCCUCCAGUUAAUCUCACGGUGCCGCAUCGGCGUCGAGUGCUCGAGCACUCGUCUGCCGGCGCGACAGCAUCCAGUGCGUUUUCUUCGUUACCUGCCAUUCAAUCAGUUAUUGCUGCUGGAGCCAGUAGCAAGCUUGCAACUGAUUAUUCUACCCAUCAUAAAACAACUACAGGUCUCGCCUAUGAUAAUCUAAUGCAAAAACAUGCCUGCACUUGUGGUGAUAAUUCAAUUCAUCCGGAGCAUAGUGGGCGUUUGCAGAGUAUCUGGGCCCGUCUAAUUGAAACUGAUUUGGCCAAGCGCUGCGAUCGCCUGCGUUCACGUAAAGCUACAUUGGAAGAAUUACAAACAGUGCACACAGAGGCGCAUACUAUGCUCUUUGCUUCGAGUUCGUGUCAACUGAAUCGGCAGAAGUUGGAUAAUCCACCAGCGUCGAGUUUUGUUCGUUUAUCCUGUGGAGGUUAUGGUGUAGAUUUGGACACUACUUGGAAUAAGGAUCAUACUGCAGCUGCUGCACGCAUGGCUGCCGGUUGUGUUAUUGAUCUGGCUUUUAAAACAGCUAAAGGCGAUAUUAAAAAUGGUUUCGCGGUAGUGCGACCACCAGGCCAUCAUGCGGAGGCAAAUUUGGCGAUGGGCUUUUGCUUCUUCAACUCCAUAGCGAUUGCUGCAAAAUUGCUGCGUCAACGUAUGCCAGAAGUGAAGCGUAUAUUGAUUGUGGAUUGGGACGUGCAUCAUGGUAAUGGCACACAGCAAGCAUUCUAUGAUAACCCUGAUGUGCUGUAUUUGUCCAUACACCGGCAUGACGAUGGCAACUUUUUCCCCGGCACUGGCGGCUCAACUGAGUGCGGUGUUGCCGCCGGCGCUGGUUUUAAUGUCAACAUUUCCUGGUCUGGUUCACUGGAUCCACCACUAGGCGAUGCUGAAUAUAUUGCUGCAUUCCGUACGAUUGUGAUGCCAAUCGCAAAGUGUUUUAACCCAGAUAUUGUUUUGGUGUCGGCUGGUUUCGACGCUGCUUCUGGUCAUCCGCCACCUUUAGGCGGUUACCUAGUGUCACCGGCAUGUUUUGGUUUUAUGACGCGUGAACUUAUGCAAUUAGCUGAGGGUAAAGUGGUGCUGGCGCUAGAGGGUGGUUAUGACCUACCGGCAAUUUGUGAUUCUGCACAAGAGUGUGUACGUGCACUACUCGGUGAUCCAUUGUCUGCGAUUGCGGAAAGUGAGCUUAAUAGACAACCUUGUCAGAAUGCGAUAGAUACAUUGCAGAAAACAAUUGCAAUACAGUUACAACACUGGCCAUGUGUGCGUCGUUUGGCUCAUACUGUCGGGUUAUCCGCACUCGAGGCGUUAAAAAUAGAACGCGACGAAUCGGAAACCGUUACAGCUAUGGCCGGCCUUUCAAUGCAAUCGAUGAACAGAACUUUAUCUCGUGAUGACUCAGAAGAGCCAAUGGAUCAAGACGAAGUCAAGUAAUUUAAAACUGCAAAACUCGAACGAUUUUUGACUGAUUUUGAACGCGAUCAUUGCACUUAAGCCUGCAUAUAGGUAUAUAUGUAGCUGAUACAUUAAAAAAAGGCCGCGGGCAAUUAAUUACGGCUCCUUUAGCAAUGUGGAUACUGAAUUUACGCGCCCAGACGGCUGUGGAAAUACAGCUGCUUGUACAUGUGUGGAAUAUGUCAAAAUAUAGAUGCGGUGUUUCUAUUUCUGUUUACAAAAUUUUCUUUGUAUUUUUCCACUUUUGUCUGUUAGCUGAAACUAUACGGCAAGGAAUUCCUGGAGAAAAUUCCGCCACAGCAUUUAAGUGAAGCUGAUGUUUUUCAAAGGCGAUUGGAAAAAAAUGAAGAUAUAUCUCUUGUCGAUGAAAUUUGUUCGUUUCUAAGCUUAGGAAAAAUGUUGAAAACAGAAUUGAUAUAGUUAAUUGUAUACAUAGUUAAAGCAAAUGUACUCUAUGUAUGCAUACAUAAAAAAUUUGAUAUUUUAAAAAUAAUACACUUGCAUAAAAACGCAUACAGAUAGAUGUACAUGCAACUCGUUAAAAGAGAUUUGUGGGUGCAUAUAUUUACAUUGAUUUGUAUCUGUGCAAAUACAUACGAGUAUAAUGCAUAUGCAUGCUUUUUGAUAUUUAAUAAUAAUAAUAUAAUACAUAUAAAAUAAAAGCAGAGAGUUUCUUGAAUUUUGAUUCAAUGGUAUAAGAUAGUGGCUAGGAAAGAAUUUUUAAUGUUAUGGUAUGUAUGUAUAUAAGAUAAACUGUAGUAGCUCAUUUUCAUUAGCAACAAUUUUAUUUCCUUUAUAUCACACUCAAAGAGCAUAAAACAUAUUUUUAGAAGAAAAACAAUAAAAAUGUGAUAAAAGUUAACGAUUGAAUCAAGGGCGAAAUUCUUAAGAAAAUUAACAAAAUAAUUUUAAAUGACCAUGCGCAAUUGUCACCAACUAACCACCGUCUCUUAUAACAGACAAAAUAACGCGAAAUGAAAUCAUUGUAACGGUCAAACCCACAGAUUUACCUAAAACUCAUUGUAAUUUUUAAAAUUACUUGAUUUUAAUAAAAUUUUAGUUUUAACAUUUUUGAAUACAUAUGUUAAUUAUUACUAUCUAAACUCAAUAAAAUAUGUAUGUAUUUGUAACUGUAGGCCUACGUUGUAUGAGAUAAAAAAAUAUAUGUUAUGAUUACUACAAAUGUAUGUACCUAUGUACUAUGUAUUUAAAUGUAAUUUAGAAGUAAGGAGCAACUUUAUUUAAUAUGCAUAUACUUAUGAUUUAUGCUUGCAUGCGUGCAAUCAUAUAUGUAAUACUCUUAUAUUGGCAGUACCUUGAAAGUACAUCCGCAAACAUUAGGGUGCAGAUAUAUAAUAUUAGAACGAGAAAACCAAGCAGCCAAUGUGCCCAGAAUGACGUGUUGAAAAUUUAAAAAAAAAAAAUCAGAGCCGGUGGAGUAACCGUCACAAUUCUACAAAAUUUUAAAAGCAAAAAAAAAA